GCUCAAGAGCCCUCGACAGUCAUCGGCAAAGUCUGGCUCACGGUCCUCUUCAUCUUCAGGAUACUCGUGUUGGGGGCCGCCGCCGAGGAGGUGUGGGGCGACGAGCAGUCCGACUUCCCCUGCAACACCCAGCAGCCCGGCUGCGAGAACGUCUGCUACGACGAGGCCUUCCCCAUCUCCCACAUUCGCUUUUGGGUGCUGCAGAUUAUCUUUGUGUCCACGCCGACGCUCAUCUACCUGGGUCACGUCCUGCACAUAGUCCGCAUGGAGGAGAAGCGGAAAGAGAAGGAAGAGGAGACGCGUCAGGUCAACAAGUUCUCAGAGGACAAGGACCUUCUUUAUGGAAAUGGGGGCGAUGAAGCGUGAAGAGCGGGAGGCGGCGGCGGCAGGAAGGAGAAGCCGCCCAUCAGGGAUGAACACGGUAAAAUUCGCAUUCGAGGUGCCUUACUGCGAACCUAUGUGUUCAACAUUAUUUUCAAGACCCUGUUUGAAGUGGGCUUCAUCCUGGGCCAGUAUUUCCUCUAUGGCUUCCAGCUCAGGCCUCUGUACAAAUGUGCACGGUGGCCGUGCCCCAACACCGUUGACUGCUUCAUAUCUAGGCCCACAGAAAAGACCAUUUUUAUUAUAUUUAUGCUUGUGGUGGCUUGCGUGUCUCUUUUGCUGAAUUUGUUAGAGAUCUAUCACCUGGGAUGGAAGAAGUUAAAACAGGGCGUGACCAACGAGUUCACCCCCAACCAUGAGUCAGCGCUCUGUGUUGACGUGCCAGAGCCUGAGUGUUCCAGAACUGCCCCAUCCAGCCUGAGCUGCCCUGCAAACUGCACGGACGGUGCGGCAGGGAGCGGGAGGGGCGGCUUUUUACCAGCCAUGGCGGCGGCGGUUGUGCCUGCAGCGACAGGAGCUGAGUUUAAGAUGAACAACCUCCAGCAGGAGGAGUCGGUGUGCCAACCCUCUCCUCCUUCGCAUUUUUACAUCAGCCACAACAACUGCAGGCUGGCCACACAGCAGAACUGGGCCAACCUGGCCACCGAGCAGCAGACUCGGGAGAUAAAGGCCACGUCACCUUCCCCGGCCCCGUCUUCCUCCACCAACAAUGAGCAUCACCAGCAGCGGCCCGUGGACGCCGGGCUACACCUUUCCAGAAGCAACACCAACAUCACCGACACGAUGAGCACCGCUGCUCACAGCAGCAGAAGCGGCAGCAGCAGAAGAAACAGCCCCAUCAGGUGGGUCGGAGUCAAGAACGAGCAGGAAGAGCAGAAAGGCUACUUCACCUCCACCGCCACCACCACCACGGUGGAGCUGCACGACCCUCCGCCGGUGUUCAGCACGGACCCUCGGCGACUCAGCCGGGCCAGCAAGAACAGCGGCAGCACCAGGACCAAGCCCAGCGACCUGGCUGUCUGAAGAUCUUCAACCCUUCUCUUGUUCCCCUAGAACCCUCCCUGACCAACAGCCUUCACCACUCAACCACAUCCCCUGUCAAACAGUAAUGUAACGUGCCGAGAAACGUUAGGAAGGAAGCAAUAACUAAUGAUAGGAGGAACCAGUGGGAGGACCAGAGAUCAGAGAAGGAGAAGCUACAGUAUACUAAGGUCAAUGUGAAAUGACUGGAUCAGCAGUUCUUCGUUGGUUUAGAGCAGUCUGUGAGUUGAAGUCAAAGCAGGGUGUGUUUUAUUUUAUUAUUAUUAUUUAUCGGGUCGGUCUUAAUCACUACUCACAGAAUGUGAUGACCUGGAGUCAGACGGCUUCUCUCAAGGCAACGGACCGAACCAGGACCUUAUGGCUUCACUGUUCUUCACACCAAAUGGACCCACGGCAUCAUACUGGACUUGAGGAGGAAGACUCCACGCUGGUUCUCUGCUUCUUCUAGGUGUGACAAACAGGAUUAUGUCCAAACAGAACGGGGCAUUAGAAUUGUUGUACACUGUACUUUGUUCAUGUGUAGCCAGUUAUCCAGUGAUAAAUUGGUCUGGCCCAGUGCUGGGCCACAAAAAAACAAAGCUAUUGGUCCGAGCACCACAAUGGCAUUAACAGGUAACAAUUGUUUAGAUAUUGGCUACAGAAUGUAGGCUGAAAACAAACCAACACUGGUGCCUUUGUUGGGGGCAUAAAA